AACACAUACGCUCUUCUACGCCGCCAAUGGACGAGAUCAGAACGAUAUAUGGCUUCCAGACCACCCGCUCGUGGCGCAACACUCGCUGAGCGACGCGCAUCUGCUUCAGUCCGCCAACAGAGCAAUCGUCCCACCUCCGCCGCAGUCCCCUCACCCACCGCCGAAACAUCCUCGAAGUCCAACGUUCACACCCGGACGACGACUACCGACACAACACGGCGUGAUGUUUUGACAAGAGAAGCAGUGAUCAAACGCACAACAAUCAGUCCGACGAAAGCUCCGGACCGAAAUGGCAGCUUCAAAAAGAGCGUGGAUGCGGAAAGGCCAAAGUCGCAAGGCAAGGCUCAGGUAAAGCCUAGAAGUGAUUCGGCAGCGGCGCCGCCAUGGAGCCCUCACGCCAGUCUGCUUGCCCCGUCAACAGCACCAUUGGCUUCGCGAAUAUCUGUUCCUCCAGUGGCAGCGCAGGCACCUAUAUCGCUGCAUCCUCCCGGACUAGGCUCGCUCUCGCUGCAGGCUCAGGAGAAAGCAAUCAUUGAGGAUCUGCUUUUUGUGCUCAUGGGAUUCGAAGGACAGUACAUACAAUUUGCCAACUCGUAUGAUCCCCUGGACGAGAAGAGUCAAUUGGCAGGACCACAAUUUGGUAUACAGCCAGGCCUGGACCCGAGCUUACGCGACCUCGCACAAAGUAUGCUCAAGACGGCAACCCAUUUUUGCGCCGUAGACGCUUUUGUCGAGGUUCAAAGUCGAGAGGAAAUGGGUAGCGUCAAUCAUGCACUGUGUGCAGCGAUGAGGAAGCUCACAAAGGACUACAUGAUUCUGAUCGCUCAACUGGAACACCAAAUGCUCACAAACGAGGCCUUCACACUACAUCAAUUGAGCCUGCACCUUAAACCGACCGCCCACAUGAUGCAUCAGCUUUACAGCGUGGGUAACGUAAUCCUAAAAGAGAAUAGUAUGCUGGACCGGGAAGAGGAUCUGGACGAGACAGACGACUUUGAGAACAUCCUCGAAUCGCUUCGAGAGGGCAAGGAUACUGGAGUGCCCGGGAAGAAAGUCUGCAAAGGUGGAGCUGUGCUGAGGCUAUUGACCAAGAGAAUGGCAGCCAUGGCGGGCGAUCCGGCGGCGCGACAGUUACUCACACUGCUGUUGCGAGAAGCCAGCCGUCCAUACAUGGCUAUGCUGAACGAGUGGCUCCACCACGGCAACGUCCAGGAUCCACACCAGGAGUUCCUGAUCAAGGAGCAGAAGUCGAUUCGUCGUGAAGGCCUGGAGCAGGACUACACAGAUGAAUACUGGGAGAAGCGCUAUACACUUCGGCAGGAUCUUGUACCGCCCCAGCUGGACUCCAUCAAGGAUCGGGUUCUGCUCGCGGGCAAGUAUCUUAACGUCGUCCGGGAAUGCGGCGGCAUCGAGAAUGUAACCCGAGAUCUGGACGCCAGCACAGAUGUUCCACACACAUUUGAAGAUCCCCGAUUCCUCGAGAACGUCAGCGGAGCAUACGCCUUUGCAAAUCGAAGCCUCAUGACAUUACUCCUCACGACACACGCUCUGCCAGCAAGGCUACGCAGUCUGAAGCACUACUUCUUCCUCGACCGCAGCGACUUCUUCUCCUACUUUCUCGAGCUCACCCACUCCGAGCUCCGCAAAAAGCCCGCCCGCAACGUCAACGUGGGCAAACUCCAAAGUCUGCUCGAUAUCGUCCUGCGCCAACCUGGAUCCGUGGCCGCAGAAGACCCUUUCAAGGAAGACGUGAAAGUCGUUAUGAACGACGUCGGUCUGACUGGUUGGCUCAUGCGCGUGGUCAACGUGCAAGGCAUGGACGCCGACGCUACCUCACUCACCGCAUACACUCCCGCCGCGGGCAACAGCACGAACAGCGACGCGAGGGAAGAGAAGGACAUUUCCGGAUAUGAAGCGCUCACUCUGGACUAUGCCGUUCCCUUCCCUCUGUCGCUGGUUGUGAGCCGAGUCACACUCACUCGGUACCAACUCCUUUUCCGAUACCUCCUCAGCUUGAAGCAUCUCGAAACUCUGCUCACGAAUUCCUGGACGGAACAUACAAAAGGCAAACCAUGGCACCACAAAGCGGCUGUCAAGACGCCCGUGACAAGAAAGAUUGAAAACUGGAAGCGAAGGGCCUGGUGUCUCCGAAGUCGCAUGCUCUGUUUCGUGCAGCAAUUGCUCUACUUUUGCACGAGCGAGGUCAUAGAACCGAAUUGGCAGUCUUUCAUGGCGAGGUUGGCGCAGCCGGAAGGUCAAGAAGUCGUGGACGCUGCCGAGACGACGCCGAAGGUGGAGAGGACCGUGGACGAAUUGAUGCAGGAUCACGUAGAUUUUCUGGCGACGUGUUUGAAGGAGUGCAUGUUGACGAACUCGAAGUUGUUGAGGAUCAACUCCAAAGUCAUGUCCACGUGCACCCUCUUCGCUGAAUACACUGGCUCCCUCUCGCGGUCUCUCGCGGCCGCCGAUCCCGACUUGGGAGGAAGUUCUGCGGACUCGGCCAAGCUGGAUAAGCUGUUCUCGAUCUUGCAGCAGUAUGAAGAUCACUUCAGUCGGCACCUAAAGAUUUUGCUCGAUGCGUUGAACUACCUGGCGGCAACGGAGACAGUUGUGUUCUUGGGGUUAUGUGCGAGAUUGAGCAUGGCCAAUGAGGGA